CCCCCUAUUCCCCAUCCCCAUCCCCCGGUUUUCCUUUCAGCGUGGUUCUCCUCUCGGUGGCAAGAGCUGCCUUUUGAAGCAGCACAUUCAUUCUCCCCUUCAAGCACCCAUAAGUCUCAUUUGCCAGCUCCAGAACCAUGGCAACAGAAGAAAAGAAGCCAGAUGCAGAAUCCACCAAAACACAAUCUACUCCUUCCUCCUCGACCAAUCAGAGCAAGCCUGCCCCAGUAAAGCCCAACUAUGCUCUCAAGUUCACGUUAGCAGGACACACAAAGGCAGUGUCAUCAGUCAAGUUUAGUCCUAAUGGAGAGUGGCUUGCCAGCUCCUCUGCUGACAAACUCAUUAAAAUUUGGGGAGCGUAUGAUGGCAAGUUUGAAAAAACAAUAUCUGGUCAUAAGCUGGGGAUCUCUGAUGUUGCUUGGUCAUCAGAUUCCAACCUCCUUGUCUCUGCCUCUGAUGACAAAACUCUCAAAAUAUGGGAUGUAAGCUCGGGUAAGUGCUUAAAGACAUUGAAAGGGCACAGUAACUACGUUUUCUGCUGCAAUUUCAACCCUCAGUCAAACCUCAUCGUUUCUGGCUCAUUUGACGAAAGCGUGAGGAUAUGGGAUGUGAAAACAGGGAAGUGCCUCAAGACGUUGCCUGCUCACUCUGACCCAGUUUCAGCUGUGCAUUUUAAUCGUGAUGGAUCCCUGAUAGUGUCAAGUAGCUAUGAUGGACUCUGUCGUAUCUGGGAUACAGCAUCAGGCCAGUGCUUGAAAACACUGAUUGAUGAUGAUAACCCUCCUGUGUCUUUUGUGAAGUUCUCACCAAAUGGCAAAUACAUAUUAGCUGCAACUUUGGACAACACUCUUAAACUUUGGGACUACAGCAAAGGAAAGUGCCUGAAGACCUACACAGGACACAAAAAUGAGAAGUACUGCAUAUUUGCCAAUUUCUCUGUCACCGGUGGAAAGUGGAUUGUGUCUGGUUCAGAAGACAACCUGGUUUAUAUCUGGAACCUUCAGACAAAAGAGAUUGUACAGAAACUACAAGGACACACAGAUGUUGUCAUCUCCACAGCUUGUCACCCAACAGAAAACAUCAUCGCAUCAGCGGCGCUAGAAAACGACAAAACAAUUAAACUGUGGAAGAGUGACUGUUAAACGUUCCAGGAUUGCUUUAGAGACUGUCAGGAUUAAAAAAAAGUUUUUAAAAAAAUUAUUAAAAAAUAAAAACACCCAUAAAUCCAGUUUGGCAGGAAACCUGAAGAAUAUUUGAUAAAGUGGUUUCUGUUAGUCUUGGCCCAAAGAAAACAUCUUAGCUCUGCUAGAGCUGGGCAACGUGGUG